UAAUGACUGAGAAAUUGCUUGAGUUUUGAAACUAAUCCCUGUAUUUUGUGGGUAUCAGGCACAGAGGCAAUGUUUGCAGAUUUGGGCCAUUUCAAUGCACUGUCUAUAAGGAUUGCAUUUGCAUUCAUUGUAUACCCUUGCUUGGUAAUGCAAUAUAUGGGCCAGGCUGCUUUUCUAUCAAAAAAUAUUUCUUCAAUUCCAAAUAGUUUCUAUGCUUCGGUUCCUGAUAGUGUAUUUUGGCCUGUCUUCAUUCUAGCCACCCUCGCAGCUAUUGUUGCGAGUCAGGCCAUCAUUUCGGCCACAUUCUCUAUUGUUAAGCAAUGUAAUGCUCUCAGUUGCUUCCCGCGUGUAAAGGUUGUUCACACCUCAAAACAUAUACAUGGACAGAUCUACAUACCAGAGAUUAAUUGGAUCCUCAUGAUUCUUACUCUUGCUAUAGCUAUUGGGUUUCAUGACAUAACUACAAUUGGAAAUGCAUAUGGUCUAGCUUGCAUGUCGGUUAUGUUUAUCACGACUUUCCUCAUGGCACUCGUCAUAGUCUGUGUGUGGCAAAGAAGUACUGUACUCGCUGCUGCAUUCCUCCUUUUCUUUUGGUUCAUCGAAGGCGCUUACCUAUUAGCUGCAUAUACAAAAGUUCCUCAGGGAGGAUGGGUGUCCCUUGUACUGUCUCUCUUCUUCAUGUUCAUCAUGUUUAUUUGGCACUAUGGAACUCGCAAGAAGUACAACUUUGAUCUAUACAACAAAGUGCCAAUGAAAUGGAUCCUUGGCCUCGGCCCGAGCCUUGGCAUUGUCCGUGUGCCUGGGAUAGGCCUUGUAUACUCGGAGCUCGCAACAGGAGUACCCGCUAUCUUCUCUCAUUUCAUCACAAAUCUUCCUGCUUUUCAUAAUGUUUUGGUGUUUGUUUGUGUAAAAUCUGUUCCAGUGCCCUAUGUCUCGCCUGAGGAACGCUUCCUCAUUGGCCGCAUUGGCCCCAGACCAUAUCGCAUGUAUCGUUGCAUAGUAAGAUAUGGGUACAAAGACUUGCAGAAAGAUGACGAGAACUUUGAGAACCUUUUAAUAUUAAGUAUAGCAGAGUUUAUACAAAUGGAAGCUGUAGAGCCUCAGUUUUCAAGCACUGACACUGCAUCAUAU